CAACCUAAGAAAAAAUAUGAUCUCUUUUAAUAUAACAAAUUUGGAUAACUAAGAUGUGCCACAUCUCCUUCUAAGUUAAGUUUUUUUUAGGACGGAAGGAGUACAGCAGUAGUAGCUACAUUAAUUAUAUAUUAGCAGCACUCAUCCUCUCACUAGCUCCUCCUUCAGCUUGCUCGAUCAGCUCAAGCUCCAGCUGCAGCCAUGGCGAAGGCGGCUCUCCAGCUGCUUCUGUUACUGUGCGUGGCGGCGGUGGCGUGGGCGAUGGACGACGGCGGCGGCGGCGGCGCCGGGAUGACAAAGAUCAAGGUGUACUGGCACGACGUGGUGGCGGGGCCGAACCCGACGGCGAUCCGGGUGGCGCAGGCGGCGUCGACGAACGCGUCGUCGACCUACUUCGGCGCGGUGGUGGCCAUCGACGACCCGCUGACGAGCUCGCCGGCGGCGGCGGCGGCGGGGGAGGUGGUGGGGCGCGCGCAGGGGACGUACACGUUCGCCGACCAGAGGGUGAUCGGCCUCCUGAUGGACAUGAACUUCGUGUUCACCGCCGGCGACCACAACGGCAGCAGCCUGGCGAUCAUGGGGCGGAACGAGGUGAUGUCGCCGGUGAGGGAGAUGAGCGUCGUCGGCGGCUCCGGCAAGUUCCGCAUGGCGAGGGGGUACGCCGAGGCCCGCACCGUCGACUCCGGCUUCAAGUCCGGCGAGACCAUCGUCGAGUACACCCUCUUCGUCAAGGCGUAGCUAGAAGAUGAUGAGCGACAUACAUAAGCACAUUUAUGUUUGUUAAACAUCGUUUGUUGUUGUAACAUGCUUGAUUUAUCGAUUGUUUAUCAAGCUUACAAUAAGAUAAGCAGCUCCGACUUGCUACGACGGAUCUUAACCUAAA